AUGCCACACACGCCUGCUGCAGACAAUGGACGCUCGAGUCGCGAUCGGAGCAGGCAGCGGGCCAGGACCGAGGUGGGCGCAAACAGGAGCAUGUGGACUCGUCUGAGCUUCAAUAAGAUUGGCAGCUGGCUGAAGCGUGAUGACGAGGAGCCACCGUCGCCGGUGAAGAGCGCAAGGCCAGAGAGCGCGGGGAACAAGGAGAGUGCGAGGCCACACUCCAGCGGAGGCCUGCUCAACAGGAGAGGCAGCAGGAAGGUCGUGCCAGAACUGCCACGGCCGCCGACGUUCAAGCGCAUGCAGAGUGAGAUGAGAGACAAACUGCUCGAGGUGCCGCUCGAGCCUGAGCAAAGACGCGCGACAUCCGCAGACCGCAAGCCCUCCAUCGCUUCGAAGCGCAACCCAUCGCCCCCACCCGUGUCCAUACCCUCCGCAUCCGCCCCUGACGUCUUGACUCCACACGAGAGCGACAUCCACAAGCAAGAGCAGGAGAGAGAGCAACAUCAGGAGGAAGCUACAAUAUGCGGCGGUCCAGAUUCGAACCUACCUCCAGGGGCAAGACAGGUCGAUUACAGCAUCGAGAACCUCCUAGCACCAGAAUCUGCAAGCUCUCCACCGCCCAUGGACCUGGAAGACUCGUACAUGGAGCAUGCGUCGCAUCGCUCCGUGUCCGAUGUCGACGACGCACGAUUACAGGAGGAGCUGGAAGCAAAGUGGAUACUGAACCUCAGCAUGCACUUCAGGGACAUGUCAGACCGAGAGAAGUUCUUCGUCACCUUCGCCGAGGAGCCGAACAAGUGGAGACGAGUCACCGUGUCGUGCGACUACCGCAAGCUCGAGCCAGAUUCGCUGGAAUCAGAUCUGAAGUCUCUACACUAUCAGCGAGACAAGAGCGCCAGAGUCUACGAAGCCAUUCGCGAUUCGCUCGCAGACAUACAGUUCUACGACACUGUGACAAACCUCAAGCUCGAAACAUCGGACGGCCGCCUUCACGUUCACGUCACCGAAGACGUCAACGAAAUCAUACCAUACCCUUCCCUAUCUGCCAUCGACCAUCUCGACUAUCGGCGGUUCAAGGAGCAAGAUGUAUGCUUUGACUCGCAUAUAUCUGGCUUCGUGUACAAGGUCAGCGUCCGGAACCGGACCUACAUCAAGAAGGAAAUCCCUGGACCCGACGCCGUUGAAGAUUUCCUGUACGAGAUCAACGCCCUAAGCAGCCUCGAAGAUUCCAACUCCGUCAUCCAGUUCGAAGGUAUCAUUGUAGACGAGACUGGCGAGCUAAUCAAGGGGCUGCUCAUCAGUUACGCCGAGCAUGGUGCACUGGUUGAUAUGAUCUACGACUUCAAGCACCAACUGCACUGGGAGCGUCGGGAGAAAUGGGCUCGCCAGAUCGUGGAAGGCCUUUCUGAGAUACACGAAGCCGGAUUCGUCCAGGGAGAUUUCACGUUGUCAAACAUAGUCAUCGACGGCCGUGAUGACGCGAAGAUCAUCGACAUCAACCGCAGAGGAUGCCCAGUGGGAUGGGAACCACCUGAGCUGGCGAACCUCAUCGAAAGUGGUCAGAGAAUCUCAAUCUACAUAGGAGUGAAGUCAGAUCUCUUCCAGCUGGGUAUGGUGCUUUGGGCGUUGGCGGAGCAGCAAGAUGAGCCAGAGCGCCAGGAACGACCACUUGUCAGGACACUGAAUGGUCCGUCAGACAUCCCAGAGUACUUCAAAAACAUCAUCAGAGCGUGUCUCAGCGAGAAGCCGCGCGGGCGAUUGUCAGCAAAAGACCUGCUGAAAAGAUUCCCGGAGCCAGCCGAGGUGGAGGUUUUCAAGCCAAGAUUGGCCCUCAGAGACAGCCUGUCAUCACAUCGAAGUGACAAGGAGUACAUUGACCCCAAGAUGGCUGUCGACCACGACGACAUCUCCCAGCACCGCCGCCACUCACAAUCGAGAUCGUCUUUCGAAAGGGUCAAUAUUCCAUCCACAGAGUACGUUCCUUCAGCUGGCUCGUACAUCCUCCCAAACAACAAUGGCGUACGCGGAAGAUCACCAGACCGUCCUCGCAGCGUUAGCAGACACGGACGAAGCGAUUACUCGCCAUAUCCUGGCCAUCGCUCUAUCAUGUCUCUUGACGACUCCGAGCUUGACAACGACCUGGCCAGUCUACCUGCAAGCCGAGAAACAAGAUGGGAGCAGGUCUAUGUGGACGGCGACACAAAGCUCGUACAGCGUGGUGGCGGUGAAGCAAGCAUGCACGACUUCAACAGCCAAGACACGAAAGAAGUGUACAUUACGCCUAGCAGUCUCGACACGCCAUUCAUAGGCAGCAAUCCCCAUGAUAGCACACCACUGAAUCUGUCGACGGUCGCGGAUGUACCGCAUCAGAUGCAAUCAGCACUAGACGCUGGACAUGGCCGGACAAUUGCCAACAAAGUUUCAUUCAGCGACCGUGUCCACCAGCUGGCCCAGUCACAAAUCCAGGAAGUACCGCAUGCCCAUACUCAAGCAGAGCAGAACACCAGUGCGCAAAGUCCUGAUACCAGCUUCCUCGCAGAACUCGAACCUGAGUUUGAAAACAAUUCGGCGCCAAGCUCUCUUGCACCGUCGCGCGUCGGCACCGGUUUCUCAAUUUUCGACCGGCCGGAGCGCAACUACAGGGUCGGUACUGGCUUCACAACGUUCUCGGCUGCUACAGGCUUCAACUCUCCACUUCGUCAGGACACAGAUUUUGCCGAGCCGGAGAGGACAUCGUACGAGAGUGAGCGCAUACGACCUAGCCUGGAUGAGAGUAUGCGCGACACGAAGAAACCAACAACGGGAAAGGAGAAGGUCAAUGAGAGUCUGUGGGAGUCGAAAGAAGACUCACCCGCUGGGUUUGGGGAGUGUGUGAGAGGGUACGAACUGCAGCUCAAGAAUGAAGCUGGAAAUACAGCAAGCCAUGUUACAGCCACAGAAGCGAGGGUAACAAAUGCCAAGGGCAAGGACGCACGCUGCCUACGGCCCACUCAAGAUAAAUCGCUGGAAGAGAAGACUUCGAACACGACCAUCCGCGCUCCGAGCUUCCUACCUCCCACUCCAGCACCCCACAACUACAUCAAACAUGCAGCAGCUCACACUGCAUCAUCGUCUUCACCACCACAUCACGACACAAAGACGGUCUUCGAGCCGCCUGCUACGCCACAAUACGAACACGAAUACUUCCAGCGUUCGCGCACGAACUCUGACCUAAACAACAGGAGAUCGCACGAUCUCCAGGAGUACCUGAACAGCGAGAUAGAGUAA